AAGAAAAGAAAAGAAAAAAGAAGGAGAAGAGAUCACAGCAGAGCACGCACGUAGCAACACAGCAAAGCAAAGGCAUUCGAUUUCAGAGACGCAUCUUCGCUUUUUGCCUCGGCGUCGGUGCUCCACGGCGGCGGCGGCGGGGGCGGCGCCGGAGUUCCACCGCGCCCGCCUACAUCCGCGUGUGUGAGAGAGAGCGGCUACAAAUGGCCUCCGCCGCCGAGGAGGCCAAGGGCGUGGAGGAAGGAGGAGGAGGAGCCAGCGCCAACGGCGGCGACAACCCCGCCACCGCCACCGCCUCCGCCUCCGCCGCGGCCGCGGCCUCGUCGUCUUCCCCCGCUGAUGACAGGGGCCUCCCCAGAUCAAGCACUAUGCCAGGUGGGAUUAAUAAUGUUGAAAUAACCAAUGAAACUGCUGGUCCAUCUAAUCUGGAAAGAUCAAGAACAGAGAGGCGUCGACAAAACAAUCCAGCUGAUGAUCCUACUAAACAGUUAUUUGAUGAUAAAAUUUCCCUAAAAAAGAAGCUCGAAAUGCUAAAUCGGAUAGCUACAGUGAAAGAUGAUGGAACUGUGGUGGUUGAUGUGCCAAGUUCUCUGGAAACAAGUACAACUGAUGGUGUAGCAUAUGAUGGCUAUAGUGAUGUUACUGUUGAGGAACCAUUGGAUGGAGCAGACAUAUCUGUGAGGCCUCCUAUGGAUAUUGUUAUUCUUAUUGUGGGCACAAGAGGUGAUGUUCAGCCAUUCAUUGCUAUAGGCAAACGCUUACAGGAUUAUGGACACCGUGUGAGAUUGGCAACCCAUGCAAACUUUAAGGAGUUCGUUCUAACGGCUGGUCUGGAGUUUUUCCCUCUUGGCGGUGAUCCAAAAAUACUUGCUGAAUACAUGGUGAAGAAUAAAGGAUUCUUGCCUUCUGGUCCUUCAGAAAUUCCUAUUCAGAGGAAACAGAUGAAAGAAAUUAUAUUCUCUUUGCUACCUGCGUGCAAGGAGCCUGAUCCUGACACUGGUAUUCCUUUCAAAGUGGAUGCUAUCAUUGCUAACCCUCCAGCAUAUGGACAUACUCAUGUGGCAGAGGCACUAAAAGUACCUAUUCAUAUAUUCUUUACCAUGCCAUGGACGCCAACUAGUGAAUUCCCCCAUCCUCUUUCUCGUGUGAAACAAGCGGCUGGAUAUCGACUUUCUUAUCAAAUUGUUGACUCUAUGAUUUGGCUUGGUAUCCGAGAUAUGAUAAAUGAAUUUAGGAAGAAGAAGCUGAAGUUGCGUCCGGUAACAUACCUAAGUGGUGCACAGGGUUCUGGGAAUGACAUUCCUCAUGGUUACAUCUGGAGUCCUCACCUUGUUCCAAAACCGAAAGAUUGGGGCCCUAAGAUUGAUGUUGUUGGAUUUUGCUUUCUUGAUCUUGCUUCCAAUUAUGUGCCUCCUGAACCACUUGUAAAAUGGCUUGAAGCUGGUGACAAGCCCAUAUACGUUGGGUUUGGUAGUCUUCCAGUUCAAGAUCCAGCAAAGAUGACUGAAGUCAUUGUCAAAGCACUUGAAAUAACUGGACAGAGAGGUAUCAUCAACAAAGGUUGGGGUGGGCUUGGAACAUUGGCAGAGCCAAAAGAUUUUGUAUAUCUACUUGAUAACUGCCCCCAUGACUGGCUCUUCCUGCAGUGUAAAGCAGUGGUACAUCAUGGCGGUGCUGGAACAACAGCUGCUGGCCUCAAAGCAGCGUGCCCUACAACUAUUGUACCUUUCUUUGGUGACCAACCAUUCUGGGGAGACCGAGUGCAUGCUAGAGGGGUAGGGCCUCUACCUAUACCAGUUGAUCAAUUCAGCUUGCAAAAAUUGGUUGAUGCUAUAAACUUCAUGAUGGAGCCAAAGGUGAAAGACAAUGCCGUGGAGCUUGCCAAGGCCAUGGAAUCUGAAGAUGGUGUGUCAGGUGCAGUCAGGGCAUUCCUCAGACAUCUACCUUCAAGAGCAGAGGAAACAGCACCUCAGCAGACAUCCAGCUUCCUGGAAUUCUUAGGUCCUGUAAGUAAAUGUCUUGGUUGCUCAUAGGUGACAGUGAGGCAAUUACACAAAGAAUGCCAUUUCUCCCUGUUGAAAGAAGAGAAUUUUGAACAUCCCUGCAAGGAUCAGGAGAACGGAUUUCCUGGAGAGUGUGCUUUAUUAUCUUUUAUUUUUUUCCUUUUUGUGUAUUUUUUCUCUUUUAUUGUGUAAAAGGUGCUUGUCUAUACAUCAUUUUGAUGUGCAUCGUUGCCCUGCUGGUCCUGCAACAAGUAAAGAAUCUCACAUGUACGACCAGUCCUUUCUGUGUAUAUGGAGAGAAGUGGAGAGGCACACGAAUAGUUGAGUUGUCGAUUGCUGCAAUGAUUCUAACCAAAGCUUCAGGUUUAUUGUAUUGGUCAUAUUGUACCUUUUAUACCAUUUUCUUUAGUUCUCGUUUUAUGAUA